CAGGUGUCGUACAAGGUGUUACCUCUACUGAGUGUAAUGUGUGGGGAUUGAGGCAAAGUAACGUCUUGUCCUGACUUACUGACUGAUUCAAUCGUACAAGCCACUCUUCAACGAUCGGAGAGGUUCUCGCCAUGGAAUACGAGGCUCUCGACAUUGACCCGGGUGUGGAAUGGAGGUUUGAGCUGGAGGCUGAUGAGGAGAUGGCUGUACGGGUGGCUUCCGGCUCUGUCUCAAUCAAUGCGGAAGAAUUACCCCCGUCAACUUGGUAUCCGAUUCAUAAACUCACCAAAUCGGCCAUUUACGCACACGAACCCGCUCAAAUAGAAGUAUCUUCACUACCCGCGUCCCAUUAUGCCUCAUCAUCGACGAACCAGUCACAAAUUCUCUCACUUCAUCUCGCUUUGGAACAAAGACGGAUUCUUGCUAAACGGGUUUCAGACGGGACAAUAGGACCCAGAGUCAUGCUUGUGGGACCGACCAGUUCAGGAAAGACGACCGUAGCGAAGAAUUUGGUGAAUCUCGCUUUGAGUGCAGGGAUGGGUUGGACGCCGUGCGUAGUAGGCUUAGAUCCUUCUUCUCCCGCCAACCUCAUACCCGGUUCGAUAUCCCUCUCCUUACCUUCACAUCCCCUUCCAACUCAUCAUGUGGCUCACCCAUUCGGUUCCUCUCCUACUUCUCUCCCUUCAAGCACCCUGGCUGCGGAUGUGUCGACCGUAGGGUGGUGGUAUGGCCAUACCGAGCCCUCUACCAAGGGUUCGGAUAUAUGGAAAAAGCUCGUUUCGGCUAUGGGUGAAAGAUGGAAAGAGCGUUGUGCCAAAGACCCCAUCGCCGCUGCUUCGGGUUUGAUAAUGGACACACCGAGUGCAUUCACAAAUCCUACUUUGGGAACUAAAAAAGAUGAUCCUAAAGCUCGAUACGCUUUGGUAUUGCAAGCUAUUCAGACAUUUGACAUCGAUGUGAUCGUCGUUAUCGGACAUGAAAAACUCACCAUCGACCUUUUACGUCUCCUUCCUUCUUCCAUAAAAGUCCUGCGUCUUCCCAAAUCAGGUGGUGUGGUGGAUAAUGAUGACACUUACCGCGAACUGGUGCAUGCCUUUCAAGUCAGAUGUUAUUUUUAUGGUGAACCACCUAUCUCAAAGACCAUUCAGGCUCUGAGAGGUGAAUCAGUCCCUAGGGAACUGGGCUUAACGCCUUAUUCCUUCCAGAUAGGGUGGGAAACAUUGAUUGUUCUGAGGGUCGGGGAGGAACAUUCAGCCCCUUCCUCAGCUCUUCCACUCGGUUCAAGUCGAAUGCUCUCACCUACCCGUCUCACUCGUGUCGAUCCAUCCGGUCCGGCUCAUACUGUCCGUUUACUCAACACAGUCCUCGCUAUCGUGGCUAUACGUCCAGAUGAUCGAAUACCAAAACCGACUUCCGUCAAUAAAUCCGCCCCGACUAUUAUCAAAUCCCCAAAGAAAGAAGAGGGAGAUGAUGGGGAAGAGGAAGAAAAGGAGGAAGAUGAUUUAGAUGAUGUACCUUAUAAAGAAGAAGUAGGAUGGAGGGAAGUACUUGGUUUUGUGGUGAUUACCAAUAUAGAUUCUCAAAGAAGGAAAUAUACUCUGUUAUCCCCUACUCCGGGUAAGUUACCAAGUACUGUUGCUAUCGCUGGUUCGGUCGAAUGGGUGGAUUCGGAAUGA